AUGGUGUAUGGAUUGGGAUCUAAUAGUGAGGGUCAGCUCGGUGGAAAAAACUUUGUAUUGGCUGUCAAUACGGAUAAUAACGUGAUAUUCAGUAUGGGUAGCAAUAAUGAGGGACAAUUGGGAAGGCAUGUGGAUAUGGAUGAGAAUGUAUUCGGGUGGGGGUGUAAUACCAGAGGACAGGUUGGUUGUGGCGAUAAAAGUAUUCAAUUAGAUCCAACUCCUGUUAAAUUUGCCACUGAAUAUCAAAUUAGUAAAAUAGAGAGCAAUGAGUGGACAUCACUUGCGCUUACUUGUGAGGGACAGGUGCUUAUAUGGGGAAAGGAUUGACAGAAAAAGAG